AUGUCUGAACCCGCCAGAAUUGAUCACCAGCUCCUCCUGCAAUCCGGUGUCAUCGGCGAUAAGGAUAAUUGGUCCGGUGUAGCCGAUUCGGUGAAACGGAAAAAGAUUCAAAAUCGCAUCAAUCAGCGGUCCCACCGUAAGCUCGUCGUCAUCUACAAACGGACCUGUGAGGUAUCCAGCUGCGUUAACAUUUUCCCCGUAGGCGCUCGUCAACGGCAGAAGCCGUCGCCUUCCGCUCUCGACCCCUCGACAGCCGUGUCCGCGCCCGCCCACCUCAAUGCAGCAUCCGUCCCGGCCUUGAUCAGCGCUGUCCUGAAUCACGAAAUUGACCUCAAGAUGCUCAUAGACAAAGUCAGCAUACUUCAGUUGCAUUCGUGGGACAAUCAGGCCAUAGUUCGUGUAUUCGAGACGAUUGUGAGCCACGACAGAAGAACUGGGAUGGUCAGGUGCGAUAUGCUCUCCAGCCUAUCUCAGUUCAAUUUUUCUCGUGCGUUGAUGCUGAAUGCAGAUGUUUUUGGCCUUUCUGCUGAUCACAUGCACGAUGAUGCCUGCUCACUAUUCGUCGUUGCUGGGCCUUGGCCCGAUAGCAUAAAUCUCAACACGGAGACUUUGCCUCAUGGUCUUCGGCCGACCCGUCUUCAAUACCACACAGAGCACCAUCCUUGGAUCGAUCUACUCCCCGUAGCUCAGCUUCGCAACAACAUACUUGAGCGAAGCGUUGACUCGUAUGACGAGGGGGGUCUAUGUCGUGCCUUUACGGGGCGUGGUCACGGUGAAGGCCCUGGGGUGAUCGUCUGGCGCGAGCCAUGGGACCCUAGCGGAUGGGAAGUUACGGCAGAAUUUGCUCGAUCAUGGGGCUGGGUCAUUUCAGGCUGCUUCGACCUCUUCCGGUCUACCAAUAUGUGGCGCUCUCAACGAGGCGAGCCUCCUCUGUUUAGGUCACAAUGA